ACGCGCCAGCCGACACAAGGAUCUCCACGUCCCCAUUCAUUUCGACGAUGCUGUCCCCUGCGCUGCUUAAGAGCUCAACACAUCUCGGCGGCCUACGCGUCGUCUCCGCCCGCUCGACUUUGCCGGCGGUGCAGGUUCUGCAUCAGACGCAGUCGCGCACGUUCGUCGCCCAGCAGGUUUACAAGCUGGCCAAGCGCGUGAUGCCGCACAUGUCUAAUACGGAGAAGGCAGCGCUGGAAAGCGGCACUGUGGGCUUCGACCGCGACAUUUUCUCGGGUUAUCCGUCACUCGCUACGCUGGACAAGUACUCGGCGCAGCUGAACGCGGAGGAACAGGCGUUCAUGGACAACGAGGUGCAACAGUUGUGCGAGAUGAUCGACGACUACAACGUCACGCGCGAUCAAGAUAUGCCUCUUAAGGUCUGGCAGUUUAUCAAGGACAAAGGAUUCCUCGGUAUGAUCAUCCCUAAGGAGUACGGCGGCAAGCAAUUCAGUGCACACGGCCAUUCGGUCGUGAUCACUAAGAUCGCUACACGCAGUGCUACUGCUGCCGUCACAGUGUGUGUACCCAACUCACUGGGCCCUGCUGAACUACUACUUCGCUACGGAACGGAGGAGCAGAAGAACAACUUCCUCCCUGGCUUGGCUAAUGGCAAACACCUGCCGUGCUUCGGUCUCACAGGCCCGUCGUCGGGUUCAGAUGCUGCUACCAUGCGCGACACGGGCAUUGUAUGCGAACAAGAUGGCGUUCUUGGUAUCCGUGCUACGUUUAGCAAGCGCUACAUCACCCUAGCACCGGUUGCAACAUGUGUAGGCUUGGCGGUGGACGUGAAGGACCCUCAGGGGCUUCUGAAGGGCAAAGGUAACCCUGGUAUCACUGUAGCUCUGCUAGAGCGUAACCACUCUGGACUUCAGAUGGGUAAACGCCACGAUACGAUCUCAAUCCCCUUCAUGAACGGCCCUGUGACCGGUGAGGAUGUGUUUAUCCCAAUGUCUAAGAUCAUUGGCGGCCAAGAACGUGUCGGCUACGGCUGGAACAUGCUCAUGGACUGUCUUGCUGAAGGUCGCUCCAUCAGUCUGCCAGCCUCCGCUGUUGCAGGUGCUAAGCUAUCAGUCAACGCAGUCGGUGCUUACGCGCGUAUCCGGAAGCAGUUCAAGGUGCCGAUUGCCAGUUUGGAAGGUAUCCAGGAGCAGCUAGCGACUAUGGGCAGUAACGCAUUCAUCAUGACCAGUGGUCAGCACAUGGUGAACGCAAUGAUCAAUCAGCACGAACAGCCUGCAGUCAUCAGUGGCGUCUGCAAGCAGCAGAUCACGGACCGUGGUCGUGACACUGUCAUUCGUGCCAUGGAUGUCCUCGGUGGAGCUGGAAUCUGCAAGGGUCCCAACAAUUUCAUCGCUAACAUCUACACUUCGCUGCCUGUGGUCAUCACAGUGGAAGGUGCUAACAUUCUGACGCGCUCUCUCAUCAUCUUCGGUCAAGGUCUUACACGGGCGCACCCUCAUCUGUACGAACUCAUCAAGACUAUCCAGCACGGCGACGAUCUUGACGGAUUCAAGAAGGAACUGGUCAAGCUGGUGAAGCACGGCGUGUCGAACACAGCUGGCUCGCUCAAGACGGCAGUAACACGCUCACGAUUUAAGAAGCAGAGUGGUCUUCUAACUCAUUAUGAGUCCCAGAUGGAUAAGCUGUCGAAGAAUUUUGCCAUGUGUGCGGAUCUAUCGCUGGUGCUUGGUGGUAAACUCAAGUUCGCUGAGAUGAUCUCCGGUCGGUUCGCUGAUGUCUUCUCGAGUCUCUAUUUGGGGUACUCGACAAUGUGGUUCUACAAGAACAACCGCCAUAUUGAAGGUAUUGACGUGAUCUUUGACUACGCCAUGACGCAGCUGUGUCAUGAGGCACAGCAGGGUAUUGUGGGGAUCAGUAAGAACUUCCCUGUGCCUGGUGUCGGUCCGAUUAUGCGUGGCUUGUCGUUCCCGUUCGGUUUGCCGUACGACUCUCCCACUGACAAGCAGAUGCGUCAGGUUUCCGAGCUGAUCUCCACCGACUCGGCUGUGCGGAACUUGUUGAGCGACAAUGUGUUCGUUUCGGAAGACCCAGAAGACCGUGUUGCUCUUCUGAACGCGACGUUGCCGAAGGCAGUGAAGGCCGAUCGCACGCUCACCGCACUACGUAAGCAGAAACGUAGUGCCACUAUUGACGAACAGAAGUUCAUUGACGAAGUCGAGGCUGCACGUGAGGUCAUCAUCCAGGUAGACAGCUUCGAUGGCCUGGGUGCUGAGAUCGGCAAACCUAAGGACUAUGUGCGUCCAGGAAUGAUCGGCAACAUCUUCGACAAGGAGAACUAA